UAAGGUGGAUAGUUAGAAGUCAACUAAUUGUAAUUGAUAGCGUGUUUCAUGUUACCCUUGGAUUUCUUCGCAACUAUUUUGGUGCCGCAGGUUUUGCUGUUUGUAGUUGCAAGCUCCCUGUUGCUAUUUCAUAUAGAGAAUAAAAUUCCAAAUCUAAUCAUAAAACUAUAUAUCAGGAAAAAAAUGAAAACCAAUAGAGCAACUUCUGACUUUCAUAAUUCGUUCAUGAAAGAAAACUGCAUUGCAAGUUUGAGCAUUCAUUGCCAUUCAACGGUGGUUAAAAUUACCCAUUGAAAAAAUAUACCGAUUAAAGACUCUCGUGAAUUAUGUGUCAAUUUCAAGAAGAAUUUUUUUUUCACAUCAAACUUCGAGCUUUGCUAAUCUUGGGUGUAACCAAGCUACCAACCCAAACAGAUUAAUUUCCUCUAUGGUUUAACCACUAAUCUAAGUUUAUGAAAACAACCCGUUACUAUAUAAACCCUUUUGUUUUCUUCACUCCAUCCCACACUGAUGGUUAUUAUUUCUCUGUCCUUUUCUAAUGCGACAUUCUAAAGUACGUCCCGUCCUCAUGUCAAAUUGCCCCAAUGCACCUUCUCAUGAAUCACCCCAACUAGCACACAUACAUAACCCACAACUUGAUCAUGGAGGGUGGUCUAGGCGUGAUCGCGAAUUUUGGGACGCAAGAAGAGCAUUUCUAAACAGUUACCAUUUGAGUUUGGAAAGAAAAAAUAAUGGGAGCUUUAAGGAAAAGUUGAAGAAGUCAGUGAAGGAGGUGAAUGAAGCAGCCAUGGGAGUUGUUUUGGGCAUGCGUCGAGGGUUGUCCAAGAGGAGGGUUGGUAUCAAGGUUUUUAGGGUCAAAAUAACUUCAAAAUUUUUUGUUCACGUUACCAUAAGAUGUUUUAUCCCAUGGUGGAACAAAACCGAGGUUAUGUAAUUACAAACAAGUGGACGUAUGGUGGCUAUUUAGGAUAGAGAAUUAUCAACCUAUGACUUUAAAUAAGUUGUGUGGAUCAUGCGCUCCUAAAUCCUAGUUGCUGAAAUGCUGCCUAGGAUAUUUGUGGGGUUGAAUGUGUGUAUCUAAAAUAUCUGUCCCAUUCUCUUUUUUUUUUUUCUUUUCUUUUUCCAUUAAGCACUAGUCUAUUUUAGAAUCAUUCAAAAUUUCAGCUUUUUAAAGAGAAUAAAUAGCGAGUAUUUUGUGCUACUUUCAAGUAAUUUUAGAUUUAAGUAAAUAUAAUUAAUUGAUAUUCAAAAAAAAAAAUCUAGAUAUAAAAAUGAACUUAACUAAGUUGAUAGUAUAAGCGACUAAAAUUUCUGGAAAAAAUUAACUAAAAAAAAGUAAUUAUUGAAAAAAAUUUGAGGUUAAAAUAAUUCAUGUAAAUUUAAAAGUUUUUAAAUAUAUUGAAUAAGAGUACAGGUAGGUACCAUAAAAAUUACAUUAAGAUAUGUCGUUAGGGAUUUUAUUAUUCUAUAUAAAAGUAAAACUUAAAUUAUAAGGAAUUAGUAAUUUAAAAGAGACAAAUCAAUCACACUUUUUAAACAAAAAUGUUAUAAAACUAUGGCCAUGUGAUUCUUGAGUUUGACAAUUAUUCGUUCCACUCUCCACCCAACAAUUUAGAAAGCACUGGAUAUGGCAAUUUGGUGACCGCAAAGUCAAAUGCAAGAAAGUGUAGCACAUCUAAGCUGUUCAUACAAUUCUAGAAUAUCUAGAAAAUACAGUGGCCACUCAAACAUGCUUAAUUGCUUAGUUCUUUUGAUGCCUCCACAGCCACACACGUAUAACAAGGUGACCCACUAACCCGUGUUGUUUUAAUUGUCCUUCCCUAGACCCAUACGCAACAUCUGAAUCCUUAUCUUAGCUUCUUCACCCUCUUUGAAAUCUCAUCCAAUCACUUCUUUUUCUGCUUCAAACAUCUUCUUCAUACAUUAAUUACCAAUUGUUUUAGCACUUCAAAUGUUAUGUUCAUUAUUGUUUUGUUCUUACCUUUGGAACAUGUUCUAAUAACCUCUUGAGAUUUUGGUCUAAAGAAGGAAGAAAAAAAUUAACAUGAAAAUUCAGUGUGAUGUGUGUGAGAAAGCUCCGGCAACAGUGAUUUGUUGUGCGGACGAGGCUGCUUUGUGUGCCAAAUGUGACGUAGAAGUUCAUGCUGCAAACAAGCUUGCAAGCAAGCACCAGAGGCUUCUUCUUCAAUGUCUAUCAAACAAGUUUCCAAAAUGUGACAUUUGCCAAGAUAAGGCAGCUUUCAUAUUUUGUGUUGAAGACAGAGCACUCUUCUGUCAGGAUUGUGAUGAACCAAUUCAUUCAGCUGGAAGCCUUUCUGCUAACCACCAGCGCUUCCUUGCAACUGGUAUCCAAGUGGCCUUGAAUUCUACUUGCACCAGGGACAAUGAAAAAAGUCAACUGGAGCCUCCUAAUAGGAACGCACAAGUUUCCACAAAAGUUCCUUCUCAGCAAGUGCCUAGCUUCACAUCCUCUUGGGCUGUUGAUGACUUAUUGGAAUUAACAGGCUUUGAAUCACCUGAGAAAAAGGAGCCCCUGCAGUUUGGAGAGCUGGAAUGGCUGCCAGAUGUUGGUCUUUUCAGUGAACAAUUUACUCCGGAAGCCCUAUCAGCAGCUGAAGUCCCUCAGCUUCCAGUAACUCAUAAUAGCAGCAAUAUUGCCUCGUACAGAACCUCCAAGUCCUACAUUUCCUACAAAAAGCCAAGGAUUGAAGUCCUAAAUGAUGAUGAUGAUGAUGAGUACUUUACUGUGCCUGAUCUUGGCUAAGAACAUAGCCAUAUGGGCUGUUGCAUGCAUGUUGACAAAGAUUAAAUACGGGAAAAUAAUUAUUUUUUCCAAAAUACAUUAUUCCAAACAGACAUGUCUAAUGUGUUGUAUAUUCAUUCAUACAUCAUCGACAGGGACGUUUUGAGAUGAUUAAAAUCAUUUUGUUUGUAUGCAUUCCGAAUGUUUCGAAGCACGUUUGUCCUGUGUACCAUUAUUGUCAUAAUUCAGAUGUUAUGAACAAUGAUUGAACUCCUAUAAGACAAAAGUGAAUCGUUAAAGGUACCAACAUUCUUUUCACAAUUCAGAUGUUUGCACGACAUCACGUGCCAUAUUCUAGAUG